ACAUGAACUCCAGACUCUGAAAAAAAAGCCACAACAGCCGGGUCGCCGCGUGCGUCCAUCGUAUAAAAGGUGGACCGCAAUGCAUCUGAUUCUUCAGAAUCCAUCUCCUCUUAUCCAGCUCUCAAGCUCAAGCUUCAAGCUUCCUCACACUCUUUCAACAAAGUUUCUUAAACAUUCCAGUCAAUACAAUGCUCGCUCGUUUCUUCGCUGUUGCUUCCCUUGUAGCUCUCGCUGUCGCCACACCCCUCGCUCUCCGCGAUGGCCAGUGCAAUACUGGUAAUAUCCAGUGCUGUCAGAACUCUGCCAGCACUUCGGACUACAACAAGGCUGCACAACUUCUUGGCCUUAUGCAAGUAGCUGCUGGUGUUGCUGGCUCCGUUGGCCUUAGCUGCAGUUCUAUUUCUGCCAUUGGCACUGGUAGUGGCGCCGAAUGCGACCAGCAACCUAUGUGUUGCAGCAACAACAAAAUGAACGGCCUUGUCAAUGUUGGCUGCACUCCCAUCAACCUCCGCCUUUGA